AAUCCGACGAUUACAAUAGGUGUGAUUAUGAAGGAAUCACACCUAAUUCACCACGGCGGAGAGUGUAAACUGUUUUUGAUUUUCUGUGGAUUUUCGGUGAUUUUGGGGGGAAAAUGAGUGAAGAAGUCCAGAAACACUCUGUCCACACCUUGGUCUUUCGCUCCCUCAAACGUACACAUGAUAUGUUCCUGGCAAAUCAGACUUUUCUGCCGAUUCUCAAGGAUGACACCGCGGAGAAAAUCCGGAGGGCAGUGAAAGCUAGGGAUUGCUAUGGAUUGGUGUUUGACCGGGUGCAGACGGUAAAGGCACAGAAGGCAAAUCACGAUGGUGGGAAUGUUCAUCAGGCUCAUCCGGAGGAAAAUUUAGCCAUCACAGCAGCUCCUUCGGCAAAUUCUCAGUCCUCUGCCCUCGUGCCAGUGACCCAGAGCACCCCAUUCUCUCAGCCACCGACUGGACAGAUGCAGCUGAUCCCUAAGAAAGCGCCUACGAUACCCAAACCAAAAUGGCAUCCACCUUGGAAGCUCUAUCGGGUGAUUUCUGGGCAUUUGGGUUGGGUUAGGUGCGUGGCAGUGGAACCGGGGAAUGAAUGGUUUGCUACAGGAGCGGCAGAUCGGGUAAUUAAGAUCUGGGACCUGGCCAGUGGGAAGCUAAAGCUGUCUCUGACAGGGCAUGUAAGUACAGUCCGGGGAUUGGCAGUCAGUGUCCGUCAUCCGUAUUUGUUCAGCUGUGGAGAGGAUCGACAGGUGAAAUGUUGGGAUUUGGAGUACAAUAAAGUCAUUAGGCAUUACCAUGGUCACCUCUCAGCUGUGUAUUCCAUGGCCCUGCAUCCGACAAUUGACAUCCUCGCGACAGCCGGAAGGGACUCAACCGCCAGGAUCUGGGACAUGCGAACCAAGGCAAAUAUCCACACAUUGACAGGACACACGAACACCGUGGCCAGCGUUGUCGCCCAGACGGCCAAUCCGCAAAUAAUCACCGGCAGUCACGAUUCUACGAUCCGGCUCUGGGACCUGGCAGCCGGAAAGAGCGUCUGCACCCUGACCAAUCACAAAAAGAGCGUCCGGAGCGUAGUAAUCCAUCCCACUCUGUACAUGUUCGCCUCAGCCUCCUCCGACAACAUCAAACAGUGGCGCUGUCCGGAAGGGAACUUCAUCCAGAACCUCACCGGUCAUUCAGCCAUCAUCAACUGCAUGGCAGUCAAUCCCGAGGGUGUCCUGGUCUCCGGCGGUGACAAUGGCACCCUCCAUUUCUGGGACUGGCGAACGGGCUACAACUUCCAACGAGCCCAAGCUCCCGUCCAACCCGGAUCCAUGGACAGUGAAGCAGGAAUUUUUGCCAUGUCCUUCGACCAAUCCGGCUCCAGGCUCAUCACAGCCGAAGCCGACAAGACCAUCAAGGUCUACCGCGAAGAUGAUGAAGCCACAGAAGAUUCCCAUCCGAUCAAUUGGCGCCCCGACAUCAUCAAACGACGCAAAUUCUAACACAUUUCACUAUUUAUCAUUCUUUUUUUCUUCAAAAAAAAAAAAAAGUUUUACAUAAAAUUUUUCAUGUUUUUCUUUAAUUUUUUUGUUAUACCUUUUUAAAUUCCGAAAUAACGAUACUUUUUUUUUGUUCAGAGACCGAAAGGGCUCAUAACAUUUGUCCUAAAUAUUCAAUUUUUCCUUUUUUUUCUUCUUCUUCAUUUAAUCAUUUCUCCUCAAGCCCACCACGAAUUUUUGCUAAAUAUUUUCUCUUUUGUUCUUCUCCUAAAACUCCUACAAAAUUCUUGUGUCCACAGAAAAGAAAAAUAAAUAUCAAGGAAAAAAAAACCAUAAAGGAUUUUUUUUGAUUAGCCCUCUCAGCUAAAAGGGAUUCCUUCACUGAAACUAUUUUUUAUUUUGGAGGAUUUUGAGGAUGGUUAUUGGGUUUUCUACUGAUUAAGUUCCACUCUUGAAAUAUAUUGAAUAGAUUUUUAAAGUUGGCGUUUGAUAAAAAGAUAAUAUCUGAGGGGUACUUCAUUGCACAAGAAAAA